AUGCGCAUCCGUUUCACGUUUGCAGGCGUAUUCCUGCUCCUGCUCCUCCUCGCGGCGUAUGCUGGCCUGACGAAGCUGCAGCUCAGCCACAUGGUCAACGACAAGCUACUGCACUUUCUUACCUUUUUCCUGCUCACCGUCGUCUUCUACUGGGUCGUCGACACGAACCGCCGCCGGACGAUCAACAUGACAUUGAUAAUAUGCACCUUGAUACUCGGCGUGGGCUCCGAGUUUCUGCAGAGCUUCCUGCCCAACGACCGCGAAUUUGACAUGUACGACAUUGCCGCCAACAUUGUUGGCAGCCUGCUCGGGCUCGGGCUCUGCUCGUGGUACCACAGACGGAUGCUCGAGCGCAGGCGCCAGCAGAAGACGUACAAUGCGGUGCCGGGAGAAGACGCCGAGGAUCUUGAGCUUGGCGUGGGCCACGAGACGGGUGUUGUGGAUGCUGCGCCGCAGACGCUGGAAGAUGAGGUUGACAACUGGGACGAAAAUGCGCCGGAUGACUGGGAGGAAGACGGAAAUGCAGAGGGCGCAGACAUUACGGCCGCCGAGGCCGUCGACAAGGGCAAGUGA